GCACCCCACCGGCCAGGCCACGUUCCCAUGGCGGCGCGCCACCGGCUCCUUUCCGCCCACCGCACCGCACCGUCCUCCGCCCCGACGACCCGAUAUUCCGAUCCCAUCUCAAAUUCUCAAUUCACUUCAGUUCAAUUCAGCGCGGCCAGGCCACCUUAUCUGUGCCUGUGUCCAGUCCUGUCACCACGCUCCGCUCCACUGCUCUGCCUCUGCAGCCAGCGCUCGCGCCCGCCCGCGCCAUGGCCGCCGCGACAGCGUCCACCGCCGCCACGCUGCUCCCCGGGCCGGUCGUCGGCUCCGCGGCGUCCGCCCCAUCCACAUCUCGCAGGAGGCGCCUCCUCGCCUUCAGGUGCCAGUCGACCAGCGUCGACAAGGAGCAGGAGCAGCCGCCCAAGCCGAAGCAGCGGAACAUGCUCGACAACGCCAGCAACCUGCUCACCAACUUCCUCAGCGGCGGCAGCCUCGGGGCCAUGCCCGUCGCCGAGGGAGCCGUCACCGACCUCUUCGGCAAGCCCCUCUUCUUCUCGCUCUACGAUUGGUUCCUCGAGCAUGGCUCUGUGUACAAGCUUGCUUUUGGACCCAAAUCUUUCGUGGUCGUCUCUGACCCCAUGGUCGCUAGACACAUCCUCCGGGAGAAUGCUUUCUGUUACGAUAAGGGAGUUCUCGCUGAAAUUUUAAAACCAAUUAUGGGGAAGGGUCUUAUACCUGCUGACCUUGAUACCUGGAAGCAAAGGAGAAAAGUUAUAACACCUGGGUUCCAUGCCUUAUUCAUUGAAGCUAUGGUGAGAAUAUUUACUAAAUGUUCAGAAAGAACAAUAUCAAAGCUUGAAGAGCUUACUGAAAGCGAAAGCCAAGUCAUAGUGGACCUUGAAGCUGAGUUCUCUAAUUUGGCACUCGACAUAAUUGGCUUGGGUGUGUUCAAUUUUGAUUUCGACUCAGUAACUAAGGAAUCCCCUGUAAUCAAGGCAGUGUAUGGAACACUUUUUGAAGCUGAGCACCGAUCCACCUUUUACAUUCCCUAUUGGAAUCUUCCUUUGACAAAAUGGAUAGUUCCAAGGCAGCGCAAGUUCCAUAGUGAUCUCAAGGUCAUCAACGAUUGCCUUGAUAAUCUUAUAAAAAAUGCAAAGGAGACAAGACAGGAAGCUGAUGUGGAAAAGCUCCAGCAAAGGGACUACUCAUCUCUGAAGGAUGUCAGCUUGCUGAGGUUCCUUGUUGACAUGCGAGGAGCUGAUGUUGAUGAUCGCCAGCUUCGGGAUGAUCUUAUGACAAUGCUUAUUGCUGGACAUGAAACAACUGCUGCUGUUCUAACAUGGUCUGUUUUUCUGCUAGCCCAGAGCCCUACCAAGAUGAGAAAAGCACAGACAGAGGUUGAUUCUGUUCUCAGCAAUGGAGCAAUUACCGUGGAAUCCCUGAAGAAAUUAGAGUACAUAAAAUUGAUCAUUCUUGAGGCUCUUCGUUUGUAUCCUCAGCCACCAUUGUUAAUCAGGCGUUCUCUCCGUCCAGACAAGUUGCCAGGUGGGUACAAUGGAGCAAAAGAGGGAUAUGAGAUACCAGCUGGGACUGAUAUAUUUGUUUCGAUAUACAACCUCCACCGAUCCCCAUACUUUUGGGACCGGCCAAAUGAAUUUGAACCUGAGAGAUUUUCAGUUCCAAAGAAGGAUGAGAGCAUAGAAGGCUGGUCUGGUUUUGAUCCCGAACGGAGCCCCGGUGCAAUGUACCCCAAUGAGAUCAUAGCCGACUUUGCUUUCCUUCCCUUUGGUGGAGGACCCCGCAAAUGCGUGGGAGACCAGUUCGCGCUCCUGGAGUCAACAGUGGCGCUGGCCCUGCUGCUGAGGAAGUUUGAUGUGGAGCUGAGGGGAUCGCCGGACGAAGUGGAGAUGGUGACGGGCGCCACCAUCCACACAAAGAAUGGGCUGUGGUGCAGACUGAGGCGGCGGACGACUUGAUCAAACAUAGCUUUUACACCGAGAAGUAGCUCUCAUUCUUGACUUCUUUGAUAUGCUUUAGCCAACCAAGCUAAACAGCCUGAUGAACAGUGAGUGAGGAUCAUGUACAUGGAAACAUCUCUUGUAGCGCAAUAGGCACAACCAUUUCUGUGCAUACCAAUCUGCUUGAGCUUGACAUUCUGGUGCAAGUACUGCUUGCAUAGUUUUACA